AUGACCCUCACAAAACAAGUAGCCUUAGCCAUUCGGGAUAGUGUUGAAUUGACCAGAGCCAAGAACACGGCCUUGGAAAACAGCAGUGCCGUCAAAAAGAAACUGCGCUGGUUUGAUGAGGUGCAUGUGAACUGUGAAGACAAAGGGCAGAUCACUAUAAAACAAAUACGCAGCAAGUCUUCCAGUCAGUUGCACUCCAAAAGCCAUUCAGAGGACCACCAACUUAGCAUUGGCAGUGUUGCAGGGGCUAUCAAGGCGGGACCCGGCGUGACCCGCACUGUCCCCAAUGGUUAUCACUUUACACGGAACGCAUGGGCAGAUGUUGGGGUCCAAGUCAGCUUGCCUCAACAACACGGAGAUGAGGUCAAGGUGCAGCAUAGGAACAACAAGAGCGGUGGCCUUAAAGCCACUACGAAAGAGCGCGUUGAAGCGGCUCCUGUUUCUUCAAGGACCAGAAAGGGCACAUACAUACGACCUCAGUCUGCCACAGAGGUGAGUCAGAUUGCCAGAGCCCAUGGGAGGCUGGUGAUGCCUCGGCCACCUCCUCCUCGUGCUCAAGGAAGAGAAGAGCAGAAGGGGUUUCUCAUCACCGCGGCUCCAUAUGGCACCGAUCAUGCUAAAAUCAACUGUAGACCAGCCGAAGAGUUUGUUUUGCAAAGAGAUGAAGUCAACACGUGUUAUCCAGUGUAUACAAAUAAUGAAGAACGGGCGGAUAAUGGUUUAAUGUUCACGCCUCAUCCACCGUCGUAUACGUGUACCAACACAGACGGCAACACCAGUUCCAAGCCUCGAUUGAGUCAUCACGGCCAAAAAGCAGGGAUGGGGCACGAUGACAAAAGCUCUUCUUUAAAAUGCACUCCCACAGAGGAGGAGAUAUCACAGCUCUGGUUUGGAGUCCGCACCGCCCUGGCAACUAAGGAUGGGGAAACCGGAGUAUCUGGGGGAAACCUACCACACGUAGCUCUAAGGCAUAGGGUUGUGGAAAGUACACACAAUGAAAGAAGGAAGUCAGCACCUUUGGCCGUUCGAAAGCUGCCUCACUCCGCUCAGCCGACCAAGCGGACUCUAGACCCAGACUCCUUUCGUUUCGGCCGUAUGAACAAAGAUGAAACACAAAAUGAGGAUCAAAGGCAUGAAACCUUUCACCAGCAACACCAGCCAGGGUUCGCCACUAUUUCAAUGGAAGAAGACAGAAUCCUUCAGUCCUUGGACAGACUGAACCACCGCCUGUACUAUGUGCAGGAACAACAUCCAGGGGAGGACAGAGCUAUGGGCUUUCUAAACCAAUAUACAACGGACCUCAAUGCCACCAGUCCACAGAAGCUGCACACGGGUUCUUAUCAAUCACAAACUCAGAAAAGACUCUAA